UCAGGUGAUGACUGCUGGAGACCCUCACAAAGCUGAUCGUAAUAUUACAGGAUUCCUUUAUUUUGUGGGGAAUUUUUGCAAGAAACACCAGAAUUUCUGCAAUCCAGCUGGAGAUUUCCCUGCUUUUCGAGAUCCCCUGACCCAAUUUCCUUUCUGCCUUCCUCUCUCUGCCUCUUCUUCCUCCUCCUCCUCCUCCUCCCCCUUCCCCCGCUCUCUGCAGGACCAGGGGACUGUGGGCGUCAUUUUCAACGUGGGCACGGACGACAUCACAAUCGAGGAGAGCAAUGCUAUGGUGAACGAUGGCAAGUACCACGUGGUCCGUUUCACCCGGAGCGGCGGCAACGCAACGCUGCAGGUGGACAACUGGCCCAUCAACGAACGAUACCCGGCAGGGAACACUGAUAAUGAGCGGCUGGCGAUUGCUAGACAAAGAAUACCGUAUCGGCUCGGUCGAGUAGUAGAUGAAUGGCUACUCGACAAAGGUCGUCAGCUGACCAUCUUCAACAGCCAGGCCGCCAUCAAGAUCGGAGGCCGCGACCAGGGCCGCCCCUUCCAGGGCCAGGUCUCGGGGCUGUACUACAACGGGCUCAAGGUCCUCUCCUUGGCCGCCGAGAGCGACGCCAACGUGAAGGUGGAGGGCAACCUGCGGCUGGUGGGCGAGGUGCCCUCCGUCAUGACCACCGAGACCACGGCCACCACCCUGCUGGCGGACAUGUCCACGACCAUCAUGGAGACCACCACCACCAUGGCCACGACCACCACGCGGCGGGGCCGUUCCCCCACCAUGCGGGACAGCAUCACACAGAAUUCAGACGACCUGCUGGUGGCUUCGGCCGAGUGUCCCAGCGACGAUGAGGACCUGGAGGAGUGUGAGCCGAGUACCGGAGGUGAAUUAGUCUUACCCAUAAUAACCGAAGACUCUCUAGACACCCCUCCAAUUGCCACGCGCUCACCUUUUAUCCCCCUGCCUCCCACCUUCGGCCCCUUCCUAACCGUAAUCGAAACCACCAAAGAUACCAUCUCCCUCCCGGCUCAGCCGAAGCCCCCCUGCCUGACCGACCAAGACGACAGCGAUUGCGAAGAGGGCAUCGAAGCCUCGGGGUACGCCUCCGGCGAGGUCUUCGACUCCAGCUUGCCCCCCACCGACGACGAAGAUUUUUACACCACUUUCCCCCUGGUCACUGAUAGGACCCCGAUGGGCCGCCCCGAUGGAGGAGCCGCCAAAAAACCCCACGGAUACCGCCCCAACCUUAGGACAGGAUUGCCGGCUUCGCCCUCCGGCCCAGACCUCCUGGCCUCCACCACUUCUCCCACCCUGCUCCACCGUAUCCCCGCAGGCAAAAUGAACAACCGCGAGCCCCUGCGGCCCCACCCCGAACACAUCCCCCCUUUGGCCACCUCCUUCGAGCCGGACAAGCUCAACCGUCCCAAGUACCCCGUUAUAACCUCUUCCCCCGAUUUCCACAAUCUGCCCACAGCUAACCCCACCGACCCCGGGGAGAGGGGUCCCCCCGGCGCCGUGGAGGUCAUCCGGGAGUCCAGCAGCACCACUGGCAUGGUGGUGGGCAUCGUGGCAGCCGCCGCCCUCUGCAUCCUCAUCCUUCUCUAUGCCAUGUACAAGUACCGCAACCGGGACGAAGGCUCCUACCAGGUGGACCAGAGCCGUAACUACAUCAGUAACUCGGCGCAGAGCAAUGGCACGGUGGUCAAGGAGAAGACGGCCGCGGCCCCCAAAACGGCCAGUAAAAGCAAGAAAAACAAAGACAAGGAAUAUUAUGUCUGAGGCCCCCCCUGUCCUCAACCCCACCCCAAAUCCCUGCGUGCGCCAGAGAGAGAGAGACCCACAUCCGAAGGAAGCGCGCAGUGAGACUAUUCAGACAUGCAUUUCCCCCCCCACGCCCCCCCCCCAAAAAAAACUUUCUGGAGAGGAGACCUCCCCAAAUGCCUCGCCACUCCGAACGGGGGCCCGUCCCCCCCCCCGUCGCCCACCCUCUUUGGUUCGCUCAUCUCGUUCUCCUUUUACGCCCUCCCCUCGCAAAAAAAGACCAACAAAAAGAGAGAGAGAGGGAAACAAAGGGGAGGUGGGAAGCUGGCAGGGCCCCCCCCUCUUCCCUCCUUCCCCCCCUGACCCUUCCGACCCGGAGGAUUGUCGUUUUUUAUUCUCCCCACCCCGUCCUAGGCAGACUUAAAGGCAAGGGUUUGAAUUAGGGCCACGGCGGGUCUGCCUCUCGCCCGAAAGAGGGACGGAUGGUGCCUGGACCGCACAAGGAAGAGGAUUAAAAAAGGGUUUGGGGGGGGGGACACAGAAUCACAGCCCCUUCCCCAAGUGGGACUGCAGCCGGAGUGAUGCAUGGCCAGCCCCAAGGCAGGCAGAUUGUGGUGCACCCCACCCCACCCCUCAGCAGGGUUUGGCCCUUUGAUGGAGGUGGGGAAAAAAAUGGGUCUCCCUCCCUCUGACCGCACCCCAGCCACCCUCCCAGCUGCUCUGAAAGGAAUCCUCAGCCGGAGCCAGGCCUGACCCCUGGACUGGCCAAGGGAGGAAGGCGAGGGAGACCGCAAACCCUCCGUCCUCCCUCUUCAAAUCGUGGCCUGGCCUAGCCAUCCUCCCACCACCCCUCCUCUCGUCCUUUAAGCUUUGAUUUCCUGGGAAGGCAGGAGAGAAAUGCCAAGAGGAAGCAGGGCACUGUGGGGUGUUGGCAGCCCAAUCUCUCUGCAGGGGGGGGACCCUCCCGAUUCCCGAA